CCGGCAAGCGUCUGGCGCAGGCGAUGGAGCAGAGUGUCGCUGCGGGCGGUGCAGGUGGCUCGACCGCCAAGCCCUCCGACUCGCAGGGCGCCGCGGGAGCUUCCGGCAGCGCAGCCGCCGCAGUCGGUGCAGGCGGCGGCGGCAGCGGUGCGGCGGCGGGUGUCGGCGGCGCCAGCGGCAGCCGCUGGGUGUGGCCGCCCCUGAGUGCUGCGGAGGAGGCGGCGCUAGCUGCCCGGGAGAGCUGCAUGGUGGCGGUGGAUGACUCGUUGGAUGUGGGGGAACUGCUGCGGCAGGCGGACGGGCAAAUGCAUGGCUUCAUUACGGGGGACCUCAAGUCCUGCAUCCGCAAGGACGAGAAGAAGCUCCAUCGCAAGCAGCGGCAGGAGCAACACCCCGCAGAGCAGCAGCAGCCGCAGCCCCCGGCACCCGGUCAGGAGCGGGCAGGAGCGGCCCCCUCAGCCUCCGCAUCAGCGGCGGCGGCGGCAAGGGCGAAGGAGACCGGGGGCGACGGAACUGCAGUGAGCGGACAGUCCCCGGCGGGUGCUGACGCGGCGGCUGAUGCGGAGGCGGGUGCGGAGGGUCCCGAGCAGCGCAACGCCAAGCGGCGAAAGGUCGCCCCGCUGGCCGCGCUGCAGCCGCUGCUGGGCGAUGCAAGGAGCCGCCUCCGUAGCAAAUUGCUGGUGGCGCCCCCCAAGCUGUCCCGACACGAGCAGCGGCUGCCCGGCUGGGAGCCGCCGCUGGAGCUCAUCUUGGAGCGGUCCAGGGAGCAUGUGAAGGGCGUGGUGGAGACGCUGCUCAGGGCCUCCGAACGUGCCGUGUCAGUCGCCACACGGGCCCUACGGCGGCAGACGGCUGAGCGGAGGAACCGGGCCCGUGGUCAGCAUGGGGAGGAGGUCGGCGAGCAGUGCGGCGAAGUUGACCCAGAUCUGGAUCCUAAUCAGGAUCCAGAUGCGGAUCAGGAGGGCUGCGAUCAGAGCGGUGGUGCGCACGGAGGUACGGCAGGCGGAGCGACGGGCCAUAAGCAGCGCAAGGCCGUCGGAGGGGCGGGAGGCCGUGGCGGCGAGCAGGACGGGGACCAAGACGGCAUCUAUGCGGCUGCCAUUGACCAGGUGUUUGCGCUGCUGCAGGAGGCCUGGGCGGUGGACGUCAUGGCCUGCCUGCGUGAGCGCGGAGCGGUGCGGGGGCGGCCGCGGCUGCAGCUCUGCGCGUUGCUGUACUCGGCGUGCAGGAUCAUCCACGCAGUGGAGAUGCUCGGCUACCGCCGCCGCAGCCCCCGUGCGCUGGUGGACCUGCUGCGCGAGUGUCUGGACUGGGCGGUGCCGCUGCUGUGGCACGUGGAGGGACAGCCGGGCAUGGCGGCGUUUGUGACGGAGCGGCUGAGGCCGGCAUGGGCCAAGACAUGGGCCGUACCGCUGCUGGACCUGCUGGCUGUGUCGUACGCCGGGGAGGACCGCGAGGGCAACAACGAGAUGGAGUUUGUGGCGCGAUGGGAUUCCGAUGAGGACUGGGAAGCUGGCAUGGAGCAGGCGGGCGGUGUGGAGGCGGCGACGGAUGCGUUCGAGGAGUUGCAGCGGGCAGCAGCGGCGGCGGCGGCACAGCAGGGCCAACCGCAGCAGCAGCAGGGCUCGCAGCUCGGAGGCUCGGAACUCAGGGCGUCUGGUCGUGCGGCUUCCGGCUCGUUUGGCAGGGCGCAUGGGGGAGGAACGGUCACACGGAAUGCCUCCGCCAGUGGCGGUGCUGCCGGCGGCGCUCGCUUCCGCCAGGCUUCGGGCUCAGGGCGGCCGGGCGCCGGCAGCGGUGCAGCGGCCGCCGGAGGUGGAGGUCAGGCGGGUGGUGGAGGUGCCGGCGGAGGAGCCGGCAAGGGCGCAGCCGCCUCGCAGCCCCAGGUGAUGGAGGUGGACAGCUUGCGGGGAGUGGUGGUGGCGGGAGCCCCGCGACAAGCCGGCGGGGGCCGCAUGGCCAAGCACGUGGCGCGCAUGGACCCCAUCCGCCCCGCGCACAUGAUGCCUGCCAUCAUCGCUCGUCCGCUGAUUCAAAUGGCUCCCGACCCGCCACCCGAGAAGCUGGCUGUCCUCCGUGAGGAGCACCGCCUCAAACAGAAGUGCGGCGCCGCAGCCGCAAACCUGGCCGACCUGUUUGACAAGGAGGCCCCGGCGCCGCCACCGCCGCAGGCAGGCCCUCAGCUGCCCCAGCAGCAGCAGCAGCAUCGGGCCCAACAGAAGGCCCCACCGGCGGCAUGCGCAGCUCCGCCGCGGCAAGGUGCUGCUGCUGCUGGUGUUGGUCCUGCAGCCGCAGCGGCGGGAGGUGGUGGCGGUGGUGGUCGGGCCCUGGCGGCCCGCGCUGCCAUGAACCGGGCAGCUGCCGGCAACGUGGGACCUCUGGGCAGUCCGGCUGGAGCCGCUGCGGCGUCCGAGUCGUCCACGGAAGUGGGCCCUACGCCCAUGGACGAGCAGUUUGGCGGGAAGCACCGCUCUCGGUUGGGAGAGGUGGAGGGCGGGGGCGGCCUGGGGCUGGCUCGGGGACUGUUUUCGGAGCCGGACGCUAACGAUGUUCCGGUGAUGCGCUACAACCCGGGCGGCGAGGGCCCCUUUGGCCAAGUGGCUACCUUCCAGGUCGUCAACAACAAGCCCAAGGCCGCGGCAGCCAACCCGCAGCCCGCCAUGGGACCUCCAGCCGCGGCCCCAGCGGGCCUCUUUGUCUUUGGUGCGGGGCCUUCCGAUGCCGUACCGGAGGGUCCAAGACAUGCGGAGCCGGCCCAGGCUGGUAACGCUGAUGUCUGCAUGGCUGAUGCAGGCGACGCCCUGAGGCAGUCUGGCGACCUCCCACCUCCUGCAGACCUGGCUCCGGGGGAAGGCGGCGCGGCGGCGCCAAACGACGACGUUGCUGAUGCGGGUGGCGACGUCGGCGGGGACGCCGCCGCGGAAGGCAGAGCUGACGUUGGGAAUGACGCGGACGCUGACGCUGACGGCAAUGACGAUGAGGUUGAUGGCCCUCCUUCGGGUUGCCGGUUGCAAGCGGAAGAGCACUCGGCGGACAGUCACGGCUGCGCCCCCGUCCAGGACGAGGAGGGUGGCUUCCCCUCUGACGAGGAAGACGGUUACGACAGCGACAUGUCCCCAGCAGCUGACAAGAAGCCCCGGGAGCCGGUGCCGGACGCCUGCUCGCCAUGCACGACAAACGGAGCCUCCAAGCGUGCCGGCGGUGCUGCGGGCGCCGCCAACCGUGGAGGCGGCACCGGUGGGGGCAUGUUUUACCUGGGUGGGAGGCCUGGUGGCGCCAGCAGCCGUAUUCCGCCGCCUGGCAUGGCAGCCGCUGUCGGCGGCGCUGGGGGUGCAGCGGCGCCUGGCAUGCGGAAGGCGCCGCCCGCUGCCGCAGCAGCAGCGGCCGCGGCGGCGGCGGGGCGGAAGGCCUUCCGUUCGGGUUUAGCAGCAGGCGCGGCGGGUGCUGCGGCGCCGCCAGGCCGCCAGGCAGGGGCCGCGGUUGCCGCCACCAAGCCGGCAGGUCGCACGGGCGCUGUGCCGCAGCAGCGCAAGGGGCAGCUUGCUGCUGCUGCUGCGGGCGCAAUCCAGCGGCAGACAGAGCAGCAGACGCAGCAGCAGCAGCAGCUGGUUCGGAAGCUUGGUGAUUUGCUGGAUGCGGCUGCCGAGGAGGAUCAGCAGCAGCUGGGGCCUGCAGCGGGGGCAGACGAUGAAUGCCGUGGGGAGGCCGUGGAUAUGGAGGUGGAGGUGGCUGGCAGGGAUGCAGUUGCAGGGGACAAUGCAGGUGUGACCGUAGCAGCAGCAGCAGAUGCGAUGUGGAACGCAUCAGGGCAGGUUGCUGCUGCUGCCGCCGCUGCAAUUGCUGACCUGCUCACAACGGUUAUUGCGGAUGCCAUUGCCAACGCAGCAGCGCUAGCAGUGAAAGCCGCGGCUGCCGAGGACAGCAUACCCGAUCUCUUGCCUGCGCUAGUGCUGCCGGCCCCAGUCGCCAUGGCAGCAGCAGCCGAGGUGCAACCUGCUGGGGAUGACGACAUGGAGGAUGCGGUUCCUGGACAUCUCACCAUGCCGGCUACAGGGCCGCAGCAGCAGACCGUGAAUGAGGAGCAAUCGCGCGAAGCCGUAGUGGCUGAGCAACGUCAGCAAGAAGCGGUGCAGCUCGGUGAUACCGGCGGUGCAGGUGCGGCUGCUACUGGUGGUGAUGCUGACGAAGAAGCCGCCGCCAUCGCCACCGCAGCAGCAGCAACAGCAGCCCUUACCGUAACCAAGGAUCGCGGCACCAAGACCGGAAAAUCAAAAAGGCGGCGCCGUGUGGCCGAGCUUGGUGUUGCCCCCGGUGUUGAGCCGGACUCCGCUGCGGACCCCGUUCUAGAAGCAGUCCUCCUGCCUCCUUCCGCUGUCACCGCAACUACCAUGGGGGCGGAAUCGACUGCUGUUGGCUCAGCGCCCGCUGGGGUGCUUCGUGAGGGCGAUGUGGGACAGUCCAGCGCGGCUGCUGCGGUUGCCGCGGAGAGGACGCAGACAGCGGCGGUUGCGGCAUCGCAGCAGCUGCAGCUACAGACGGCUGCGGUGAACCCGCCAGCGGGUGCCUCCAUGCAAGCAGACACCCAGGAGCAGCCGGUAGCAGGUACACCCUUGCGUGCCCGCCCUGCUAGCGCUGCUCCGGAGGCGGCGGUCGUCGCGGAUUCGCCGCACGUCGCGGCACAACCCACACCCGCACCGCAGCCGCGCACCGCCCACGGCUUCACGCCGCAUCCACGAUCUCGCCAGAAACAGUGGCAGCAGCAGCAACAUGGCCCUCCCGCUGGGGUUGUUCCCGCGGCGGCUUCAACAGGCGGCAUGGCGCCCCAGGCAGCAGUAGUUGCUGGCGACGCGUCGGCAGCAGGCGGCUCUACGACAGCCUUCCAACAGGCUGGCGUAAGCUCCGCUGCUGCGGCAGCGGCAGAGCCCUCUUCAGGAGCUGUCGUGCCAGUGCCCACCACUAGCCAGCAUCAGCACUUUGCGGCUCGGCUCUCGGAGGGGCAGGCUGACCCGGGGCAGCGCUGUGACGAGGCGAAGCCAUCUCCGCACCGCAAGGAUGCGCCCGGGGCGCCUGUCAGUGGCUCAGCUUUGACGCCAGGUGUGGUCCUGUUCAGCGCGGCUGUCGCGGACCCCUUGAAGCUGAGCGACAUGCAAGCGCACGCUGGCGGUGCACGGGGGCUGUCAGCAGCUGGCGGCUCGGCGCAUGGGGACGAGGACCAGCAUGCAGAUCUGCAGGGCGCCACCGAGGCGGGCUCCGAGAAGGAGGAAGAAGACCUGAUCGAGCCGCCUCCGCGGGGACGGCUUAACCGUCACCGGCAGCGGCGCCGCCGGUCAGCGCAGGAGCCGGGGCCUCAGGAGCCGCGGUCUGAGCAGCAGGGCGACGACCAGCAAGGGCGGUCGCAACAGCAACAGCCGGACGCAGCUGCAGGGGACUCAGCGGCGGCGGGUGAGGUCGGCAUGCAGGACGAUGCCCUGAUCACCAGUCCAAGUGGCCAUGCAGCUGGACCUUUGGGCGCGGCUUCUAGCACGGAGCAAAUGGAGGUGGAAGGGGGAGGCGAUGCAGGGCGGCAGCAGCUGAUGGAGGCUGCGGCAUGUGAAGGCGCACCCACCGCGCUGCCUGGCUCAUGUGCUCCUGCUGCAGCGCCGGCAUCGGCUGCUUGGCCCGGGCUGUCGCCGCUGCUCACCUUGCCCAUCCUGUCGCCGGCUGCGGCGGAGGGAGCCGCCGUUGCAGCUGCGACAACCACGGAGGAGCCAGCUGCGGAAGCCGGGCCAUGCAUGACAGCAGCAGCAGCAGGUCCAGCGACUGCCGGUCCGUCUGUUGCUGAGGAGGCAGCAGGAGCGGUACCUGAGCCGGUGGCUGAUCCCAUAGCGGUUGAAGCAGCGGAGUUGCCCGCAACGGCACCUGCGUUGGAGCAAACCGCAACGCAAGGGGAGCAUGAGCCCGCAAGCCAGCAUGCAGCCGAACCCGCAACUCAGCCGACCAUGCAGCUCGAGCUGCAACCCCUGACGCAGGAGCCGCUCCCGUCGGCCACUCAAGACACGACGGCAGUUCCGGCAACACAGGACGCCACUCAACCCGCAGCAGAGGAACCCGUCCCGGCCAGCCAGCCCGCAACGCAGGAGGGUGGAGGCGGCAACGCGGGCCAGCCGGGUGCCUCCGCGCCUGCAUGCACACCGCCCGCGUGGACUGCGCUGCCGCGACGUCGCAUGACUCAGGCGCAGCGCGAGAUCAUGGCUCUUCAUCAGCAGGGCUUGCCCGUGCAGUGUAUGCCGCUGGGUUUCUUCAUCACCGCGGCCGAGGCGGCCAAGCUGAGGCGCCAGCAGGCCACGCCUCUCAGCGCCACGCCGGGAGCAAGGCUGACGCCCGUAACAGGCGGCAAGGCUACCGGGGGUCCCGCCGCCACCGCGGGUGGUAAGAGUAGGACGCAGGUCGGGCCGCAGGGAACCGCGUCCAAGGGGACAGCACGCACCCCCAAGGGCACCCCAGCCGCCACUGCCGCCACCGCAGCGGCGGCGGCCAUCUCGGCUGCGGCGGCCUCAGCUGACGCCAAGUCGAAGCAGCGGACUGGCAAGAAGCACACGCGGGAGGCGGAUGCGGAGGGCGCAGCCACGGCUGGUGCGACUGGCACGGCGGCUGCAGCCAGUGCUAAUGAGGGAGUUGAGCAACCGCCCAGUAAGAAGCGUCGGAAGGGGCAUCAGAGCUCGCGGGCUUCCGCAGCUGCUGGGGCAACCACCACUACGACAGCGACGGCAGCGCAUGGUGUCAGCAACGCGGCCGUCACCGAGACAGGGGCCCAAGGCACCGGUUGCACUCAGAUGGCGGCUUCCGGUGCAGGAGGACAACAGCCCGCAGCAAUCGCAGCUCAACAGGCUAUCGCUGGGGCGGCGGGUGCGCCGCAGGAGGCAGUGCCGGAGGGUAUUUCCGGCGCAGAGCCAACAGCAGAAAAUAAAGCCAAGAAAGACAAGAAGAGGGACAAGAGCAAGUCAAGCAAGUCGUCCUCCAGGAGUCGUACCGGCGGAGCUACAACAGUGGAGGGCGGGCAUGCAGCCGCUGCUGCACGCCUUCCCGCGACCCAACGUGACGGUGGAGACUUUGAAGGCGUGCAUGCAGCUGCGGACGCAGCAGCAGCCGCAGCGUGCCCGGCCACGGACAGCGCACAUGGUGUCAGUGGUACGGCAUCCGCCGCCCGGAGUGACAAGUCCCGGCGGCGGGACCGUCAUCGGCCCCUCCACAGCGAGCUCCAGCCGGCAGACUCGCUGGUAGCAGCAUCCGCCGACGGAGCCGCUGCUAUGGAGGCGGGGGUGAGUCAGCGACAGGGCUUCUCGGUGGCGGGUGAGGGGGCAGCUGGACGACUACCAGUGGUCGAGGAGGGAGAAGAAGAGGCUGCGGGAGAGGAUGCCGACGGCCGGCGAGGAGAUGGCGGAGCAGAUGGGCUAUCUGCGCCGAUAGCGGAGGACCAGAUGGAGGCUGCGGCUGCAGGCGCGCCGCGGAAUGCUGCGCAUUCUCAAGUGCAGCACAGCGGCGGCGAGGCACUUACCGUUGCUGCUGCUGCUGCUGCUGACGCCUCUCAGCAGCCCCACAAUCAGACGCAGGAGGGCGGUCCUGAUCACCCCUCCUCCACCCAACAACCAUCCCAGCAACCGCAGGCGCUCGCGUGCCCGCAGCAGCACCUCCAGCAGCCCUCGCACUCCGACUACCAGACGUCGCAGCAGAAGAUGCGCGGCAGUGAGGCCGACUCUGCCAGGCGCCCCUCCAGGCGGCGAGGCCGCGGGGUCCUGGCGGAACCCAACCUGGAUGACGUCGCCUUGACAGCGGCGGGCGGACCAGCUCCAGGGACGGCGGAGGAGGCCCGCAGCCCUAGCCGAGGUUCGGCGGUGGUCACCGCCACAACGGAUACGGCAGCUACGGGGACCGCACCCCGCAGCAGCCAGAGGUUGCGGCAGCGGCAGGCGCAAGGGGAGCCGCAGUCGCAGCGGACCCGAACUGCGCUGUCGCCGGUGCUCGAGGUGCCUACCGCCGAGGCUGGGAGGACAAUGGAGGCGGCGACGGAGGCGGCUGCCGUACGGCCGCGGACGUGCGCGGCUGCGGCGGCGCCUUCCACUGCCGGCGGCAGUCCGACCGUUAGCACUCGGUCGCGGCGUGCGGUGCAGGCUGCCGCAGCAUUUGCGGUUGGUACUGCAGCGUCGGAGCCUGGGGAGGACGUGGGGGGACGGAGCAAGCGGCAUGCUGUGGGGCGUGGGGAUGAGGAAGAGGCGGAGGAGGGAGAGCUAGGGCAAGGGCCUGCGAAGCGGAAGAGGCGGCGGUGAGGAAGUGAGGGAGGUGUGGAUGACCGGUAGGAAGCUGCGUAUAGCUCGUGUAGGGUAGGCUAGUGGUGUAUCAAGGCAUGUGGUGCGGUGCUGCUUCGGUGGGACUUGUGAAUUAAUUGCAAACGCAGGGUGAGCGUGCACGCGCCAUUGUUAGGUUGGGUACAUUGGGCAAGGUGUAUCAAUCAUCGGCUGGUAGGGGGGUGAGUAGCAGGACAGCAGAGAAAGCUGACGCCUACUGGUAGCUAGCCAACCAUGUUUAGGCGCCGCGUACUGCUGACUAAAGCAUCUGUGUCCCAACCAGCCUGAGAUGUAGAUGUAGAGGUGUAGGAUAGAAGCGCACUUGUUGACUGUAGUUCGUUGCUUCCACGGUACAUUGCCAAAGGGCCAUCUGCAGUACUUUAUGAGAAAAGGAAAGCCUGUAGUAAC